AUCCUAAUCGGAAAGUUUGUCGAUGAAGAAGAGUAUCUACGGGAAAGAAGCUCUGAUGAACUUUCCUUUUGGUUGAAAAAGAACAAGCCAAAAACCAUCCGAAUGAAUUGGUGUUGUCCAAAAAAGGCCGAGUCAAGUUUUCUGAAAUGCGGACUUCGUAUGGACAACUUGCCUCUAGUUUACGACUCGCAGAAUUUGCCUACCACUGAAGAAAAAUGGAAUAAAACUGUUUUCUUCUCGAAGCCACAUGGAAGCUAUAAAUGGCCUACUUACUGCUGGCUUCAAAAGAUCGUUUCAGUUGUCCUACAAACAAGCGUUCGAUUUCACACCAUCGGACUAAAAAAGCGUUUGUCCCUUCAGAUCGCUGAAAAACUAUUUGAGGCUUUGUUCGCUGUUUCACAAUCUUGUCUGAUACUUCAGAGAGCUGAACAACGACUAGCAGCCGAAUUAUUCACGGGUGUCGCAAAAGGUACUAAGUAUAUUGGCUUCAAGAAAUUGGAUCAGCUAUGGAAAUGGUUGGCUCCUGCGAUAGACAAUCUGUACGACCGCAUGAACGCAGACGCCUACCUGGCCUGGCAAAGCUGCAUCACAGAC